UUGAAAAUAUAAAUUGACGCUACAAAUUUUUGACUCUGGAUUAACUAAUGUGUCGGCAUUUAUUCGUCAAAUUCCUGCAAACAUAGAGAGAAUCUUGUGUCCUCACAGAGCAAUUGAUUCAAAUGCUUGAACUCAGAGGCCAUGGAAGGUAUCAACAGAGCAGUUGAUUUCACUUUUGGAAGCUCUAGAAAUAAGCGUCCUUACCCUGUCGAUAAUUCAAAGAAAAGUAUAGCCAUUGGCUACAGCAAAGGCUGCAUCUUGGUUACAAACUCUCUGCGGAAAUUAUCAGGUCCCAUAUUAGCAGCAAGGCGGACGAAUUGUGUAGUCGCGGCAACUUUCAAGCGAACUAGCCAAGCUACCAGAUGGCGCAACGCCCUGCGCCCCAAGAUUCUUAAGGUGAGGGAACCCGACUUAAAUAUUUCCGAUGAUGUUGUUAGAGAGCAAGAACUUUUGUCGGGAGAAAACAUUAGCCAGGGUCUGGAAAACAAGUCCAUUCAGGGUUUGGAAAAACAAUUUAGCGAGGGUUUUAGGGAGAGUUUGCAACAGGGAAGUGAAGAUACAGGGCGGUUACAUGUUUUAGGGGAGGAGGAGAAUUUGUUAGAAGAGAAUUUUAGCGAGAAUUUCGAAAAGGAAUCUACUGAAGGUUUUCCGGAGCGUCUGGAUGCAGAAGAAAAGAGAAAAUAUGAAGACGUGGGGAGAAAGCUUUGGGAUGAUUUGGAGAAAUUGAAGUUGCAGUUGGAUAAAGAUGCGGAAGAAUGGGGAGUCGGAACGGACCGCAUUUUUCAUAUAUAUGAGAACGGAGAUGGGGAAGUUCAACGUGUUGACGUAAAUGACGAUGCUAUUUUGAGAAGAUGUGGUAUUCAGCCGUUAGCUUUUCAAUUUGCCGAGGAGGAAGCCAAGUCACUCGCCAACCACAGAUUGAAUAGGGCCAGGGUAGUGGCCAAAGAGAUUGAGAGUGGGGUUUUUAGUCCUCCAAGGAAUAGUACCGUGUUUAGAUUUGUGAGGCCUGGGGAGUCGACGGGUGAGAAGUUGUGGAAAGGGUUGGGAUAUGUGGUUGAUCGGGUUGACAAUGUUUACGGUCAUGUUCCAGGAAUUUUGAAGUUCACUGUUGUUGGAUUUGCCUUUGUGUAUUGUUUUUGGUUUCUUUGGAUGGCGAGGAAGCCUGCGCCAGCAGUGAGAAAUGCAUUUGAAGAGGAAGAGAGAAAGAAGAUGUUGAUGAGGAAGAUGAAGUUAAGGAUGGAGAAAGAGAGGAUGGAAAGGUUGAGGAUGGAGAGGGAUUUGGGUGAGAAGGAUGGAAGGCUAAUGGAUGGGGAUUCACCUAGUGUAUAUGAGGACAAACCUGUGAGAGAAGGUUCCAAGGUAUAUGCUGGUAAUCCUAAUACGAGUGAAGCUGAACAGAAGAAAAGGAUCUUUGCAACUAGAACAUCUAAGGGGAAGGUUCCUAUAGAUGAUAGAGAAUUUGAUAGGAAGAUUGAGAUGAUACGGCGCAUGGCAAAUGAUGUCCGACAGAUGGAGCAACAAAAAGCAAGUAAGAAUGUGAAUGAUCCUGAAGAUUCAAAUGAAGCCAUUGUUCCAGAUCAAAAUGGCAGUCCACUGGUGUCGGGUCCUAUAGAUGUCAUUGUCACAUCUAGUGCCCUUCUAGACAAUGACAAGCAUAACAGAAAAAGUGCAGAAGUCACAGUUGCAAAGGAUGAAAAUUUAAAUGGACAGAAUAGUAUUUUAUCAGGAAUGGAUUUGAAGGCUUUUUCCAAUUCAAAUAAAGGAGAAACUGUGAAUGUAACCGAUUCAAAUGCAACUGACAUUAAUGGUGCAUUAGCUUCUGCUGCGGGUUCUGAGCACAAGGCCAAUGAAAAGGAAUUGAGUUCUGUGAAUGUCCUUGCAUCAUCAACUGUCGUGGACUGCAAGGGCACUGAAAAUAGAAUUUCAAAUGGAGCAGCCAUAAAGGAAGAGAGGUCGGAUUUUGGCUCUGUCGCCGACUCAGGGAGCAAGGUCGACAGAAAGGAAUUGGGGCCCAUGGAUGAUCAUGUAUCAGCUGCAACUCUCGUGGACGACAAGGCCACUGCAAAUAUAAGUACAAAUGGAGCAACCAUAAAGGAAGAGAAGUUGGAUUUAGGUUCUGUUGCUGACUCAGGAGGCAAGGCUAACAGAAAGGACUUGGGGCCUAUGGAUUAUAAGGGCACUGAAAAUGGACUUUCAAAUGGUGCAACCAGAAAGGAAGAGAAUCUGAAUUUACAGAAUCAUAUGUUAUCUGGAGAAUCAAAUGGGACUGAAGGAAACAAAGAUUUUUCAUUAAGGGAAAAACCAGCCGAUGUCAGAUACACAGAUUCAGCAAAAGAGUGCUCACACACUUAUUUUCUUGGACAUAGUUCCUCAAAAGAUGUGGGUGAAAAGGUGGGAGCUGAACGGACUGUUCAUGGUGAAAAACCAUUUUCCCAGAGUGGGACUGAUAAACCAAAAUCACUGAAUGGGAAACAUCCAAAUAAACCUGAUGGCAUUUCUGUAAAAUCUAGAAUAGGAACUCAAAGAUUGAGGCCACGGGUGAUCACCUCUGUAGAGGAAGCCCAUGCAUUACUGGCAUCAAAAUGGGGCAAAACUUCUAAUGAUAGAUCUGGUGAUAUUGAGAACCGCUCCACUCCAUAUGGGUCAAAUGGAAGAAUCCAAGAAUUUGAUUUUGACAAACAAAAGUUGUCCAGUGAUCGUUUGAUGGCACCUGAGACCGAGUCCUCUUCCCAGGAUUUGCUCAUUGCAAACGCUAACACUGGGACAAACCAAACAGAAUUAACUGCUGGUGGGAAGCUUGACAAAGUAAACUUUGAAAAACUCAGGCCAGCCUUUAAAAUAGUCGAAGUCCAUCAAAAAGACAAGCCGACAGAUACAAAAGUUGGUGAUGCAAGUGAAACAGAUGAUCUACAGAUUGAACAUGAAAAUGAAUCUGAUGAAGAAGAGAAUAAUAUGGCACCAGAGGAAGUAGAUGACUUUAAAUGGAUGCAAGAUGAUGUCUUACGUAAUAUAGUUUUCAAAGUUAAGUCUAAUGAAGAAGCUGGCAAAGAACCAUUUGAUGGCCUAGACUCUAAGGAAGAAGAUCUCUUUUUUCAAGGCAUUGAGAAGACAAUAGAACGAAAAGGGGAAAUGGUGAACAAUUGGGUUGCUGACAAAGUGGAGAAUCUGGACUACGGCAAAGAUGGUAUUGCGUAUGAUGACCCACCAGAGGUUUUUAUGGCUCGUUGGAAGGAUCGUGAUAAAACAGAGAGUUCUCCAUUUCUUGAUAAAUUGAAAGAGGAUCGUGAAAAAUUCAUGAAAACCAAAACAGAAAGCUCUUCCAAAUUGUAUCAUUCGGGAAAUCCUGAAGCAGAAAGCUCUUCCAAAUCAGGAAAGUCAACCUCAAUAUCAAUGUCUUCUGCUUCACCUUCAACAAAUUCCACGUGUGGUGCAAAUGAUAAAGUGUGUACUUCUUUCAAUGAUUCUUCGUCAGGUGCUAAGACUAUUAUCAGUAGCAGUGGGGAGUCCAGCAAAUUUGUAAAGGAUUUGAAAACUGAAUCUUGGCAGCACACUAAGAAAUGGAGUCGUGCCUUACAAGAAAAAUACAAUGCAGAAAAAGACCCAAAGAUAAAAGAAGUAAUAAAAGAAAUGGGACAGGACCUUGAUAGGUGGAUAACAGAAGAAGAGGUUGAGAAAAUUUCACUGGUUCUUAAGAAUUUUUCAGAAGAGGAACUUAAUAACAUGAAAAGAAUAAAGGAAAGGAUUACUAAUGAGAAUGAAAAAUUUGGACGAGAAGCAAUGCUAAGUAAAUAUAGAGGGUAUAAGCCAAAAAAGAAAGACCAUUUAUGGUGGAUAGACCUUCCAUAUGUGCUGUGCAUCGAAUUAUAUAGAAACAAAGAUGGUGAAUUGGUGAGAGGUUUCUACUCUUUGGAAAUGGUUCCAGACCUUGAACCAAGAGCUAAGUAUCGCCAUGUUAUUGCUUUUGAAGACCGUGGGGAUGCUAAAAAUUUUUGCUAUAUUCUAAGAUCAAGUCUGGAGAAUGCCAGUGCCCGUGUCAUACCACGUACUUCCAAGGACCUUUACAGGGAAGCCCAAUCAGAGGGCUACAAAGUGACAGUUAUAAAGAAGGCACGGAUACAACUCUAUUUUGAUAAGCCGCUUGAAGAAGUGGAAGACAUGAUGGCCGAGAUUGGGAAUGAUAUCUACUAUGAUAAGAUACUGGAGGACAAUGUCAUUGACAUGGAUUCUGUUAUUGAGAAUGGAUUUGGCUAUUAACAUUGUAGGCCUAAAUAGCAGCGGAGUUCCACAUUGAAAUUUUGUUUGUAAUUAUGUAAAUGUGAAGUAGGAUUUCUGCUUCUUGUAUAGCAGUUAUACAGCUUUUUUAAUUCUUAAGAACAAAAAGUUUUCAGAUUUCAUUAAAAAUUGAGAACAAAGGUUUUGGAAAAAACUCUAGGAAAGUAGUCAACAGACAGAUACUGUUGAAAAAUUAAAAUCUUCUACAAUGUUUUUUUCAAAAGCUUUGUUCUCACAUUUUAUUCUUCAUUUAAUAAAAUAAUAAGAUCCCUUUCCUUUUGUGUGA